AUGUCGGGCUACUACUAUCCUACUUCUUCAGCAGAGGAAGAAUACCAUCUGGCGCAAGCAUAUCGAACGCACGCGGUGCCUCAGCAACCUUUACCCAGUUACGAACCGCAUCUCUUCUCAUACGGGCAGCAACCGCUGGCCGAGCAGACUGAAUACUACCAAUCCCCUCCCCAGUAUCCACCCAUGGAUUUGAGACCAUAUCAACCAUCGUCAGAACCAGUUCCUUGGACUCAGGGCCAAAUUCCGUCAAAUGUGGACUCCUACAGCCACGAGGUUGCAGCGCCAUUUCCCCAGUAUACCGAGGCUUUUGACUACGGCACGGAACCUGCAGUGGCAGGGUCUUCUCAGGCGCCUGCGGCAUAUCUUUCACCCAAUCUAGCCAGCAGGGGCAGAUUAUCACGGGCGGGCUCUUUCAUGUCGAAUACGAGUUCAGUCCAGAGCAAAUCCGACAUGUCCAGAAGUGGUUCCCCCAACGCCGGCGAGAUGGCCAAGUGGGGUUUCAAGAACAUGGACGGGAGCUGGUCGUGUGGAUUUCCAGGCUGCACUUCCCGAUCGACCUUCACCCGGGGCUGCGAUCUUCGCAAACACUACAAACGCCAUUCGAAAUCACUCUUCUGCCGCCACGAUGGAUGUCCGCAGGCCACGGAAGGAGGUUUCUCCAGCAAAAAGGAUCGAGCUCGACACGAGGCCAAACACAACCCAAGCAUUGUCUGUGAAUGGGAUGGAUGCGAGCGCUUGUUCAGCCGCCAGGACAACAUGGUGAGUGGCGAGCAUGGUUAG